AUGAUUCUAACCUUCAGUUACUCAAGAUGGCUCAUGCUGUUAAAGGGAGAGCUCCAUAAAGCACCAGUCACCAACCCACAAAAGAUCCUAGACCUCGGAACCGGCACAGGUAUCUGGGCUCUUGAUAUUGCCGAGAAAUUCCCAGGAGCACACGUAAUCGGCAAUGAUAUCAGCGCCAUCCAACCGAACUGGGUAGCGCCGAACGUGGAAUUCAUCGUCGAAGACUUCGAAAAAGAAUGGCUCUACGAGCCAAAUAGCUUCGACUUUGUGCACGCACGCUUGCUUGCUGGAUGCGUAGCAGACUGGUCACAGAUUUUCCGCCGAAUCUUCGAGCACCUGAAACCAGGCGGCUACUUCGAGAUUCAAGAAAGUGCCGUCUGGGCCUGGAGUGACGAUGGCACGCUGAAAAUGGACUCGCCUCUCAUUCAGUAUUUGCAAGCCCUCGACACUGCCGGGCGGGCAAUGGGCCGAGAACUUAACAUUUACUAUAAGCUCAAAGAGUGGAUGAUCGAUGCUGGUUUCGAGGACGUACAGCAGUUUACUUACCUUCUACCGUACUCACCUUGGCCGCGGGAUCCUUAUCUCAAGGAAGUUGGGAAAUACCAGGCUGUCAUGGUUCAACAAGCCGUCGAGUCUUAUGGACUGAGGCUUUGUACUCAAGUUCUUGGUUGGGGCGCUGAGCCGGCACGUAUUUUCCAGGCCAUGGUAAAGAAGCAGCUCAGGGAUAAGUAUUUACAUGCUUAUGUCAAAGAGUGA